UUACGGCUGCUUGAACCGUGUUAACACGAAAUCAAAAUUUCGAUGCGAAAGCAGGGCUCUGUUGAGAAUAUGCAAGGCAUCUACAGGACUAUUCUUGAUAGAAUUUGAGACAAAAAUACGAAACUGAUAGCAAACAAAUAUGCAUCAGAGUGAUGCCGCUGAAGUGGAGUUUUAUCUCUCAACUAGAAGGUCGGAAAGAUCAGAGUGAUCGUAAGCAUACACUGUCUGGAGAUGAUUAUCAGUUCCUGCAAAAGAGUGUCAUACCCACAUAUCACUUCCAGAAGAGUCUUCGCCGACUGCCCAUUCCAAAACUAACGGAUUCUUGUAACAGAUUUUUGGCAUCAGCGAAAGUUGUCUUAUCGGAAGCCGAUUACAAACGCACCGAAGAGGUCGUGCGUUCUUUCGAGAAAACUGAGGGACCAGAAUUACAAAAAGCGCUUCUUGAUUAUGACCGUAAUCACAAAGACACUAGCUACAUAUGUGAACCAUGGUUCGAUAUGUAUCUGAAAUCGCGACUUCCAUUACCAGUCAACUAUAAUCCAUUCAUGAUGUAUGCACCGGACCCUAACACACGAUUUAAUCACCAGCUUUCACGUGCGACAAACUUCGCUGUGUCGUUUGCUCGAUUCAAACGUGCCCUUGAGAAGAAUAUACUAGCGCCGGAAGUUUUCCACCUAAACCCGAAAAAGAGCGACACCAAGCUGUUUCGAAAUGUAUGCAAAACCUUACCGCCUACCUUAUCGUGGUUUGGUGCAGUUGCCUUCAAGGCAUUUCCUCUCGAUAUGAGUCAGUACAAAUCAACGUUUAAUGGUACUCGGAUACCCAAAAAAGGGAAGGAUGUAUUACAUCAGGACGAAACGCAAAAGCACUUCAUGGUUCUCUACCGUGGCAAAAUUUACGCUGUCGAUAUUUUUGAUGAUAAAGGUGAAAUUUUGCCAGCAGAAGAUGUACACAAUUCUCUGGCGUAUAUUCUCGAAACAGGAGCGCGUCAAGAGGCUGAUAAAUGUGUUGGUGCCCUGACUAGCCUGAACCGUGACGAAUGGGCAAGUGCACGUGAAGAACUCUUAGAAGCUGGCAACGCUGAGAAGCUUCGCUCUAUCGACGGUGCCCUGUUCACUUUGUGCCUAGAUGAUCUAAAAUCCCAAGAUCCUACAAGGCUUGUUCAGUCCCUCUUAAUCGGAGACGAUGCCAGUAAUCGGUGGUUUGACAAAAGUUUUCAGCUUAUCAUGGAUGGAAAUGGUCAAGCUACGAUCAACUUCGAGCACUCAUGGGGAGACGGUGUUGCAGUACUUCGUCUCAUGGAAGAGUCCUACAAAGAUACGAAUCUGCACCACUUUGUUACGCCUGACACAAAGACUAAAACAGCGAAUAAAGCAAUGGUUAGGGAAAUCGAGAUGAAUCUGACGCCUUCGCUGCGGUCGAAGAUAGAAAACGCCAAGAAAGUACACUUGGAGAGUAAUAGUAUGUUAGAUUUUGCUACUGUGGAGUAUGCAGGCCUGAACAAGAAUGCAAUCAAGAAGUCGAAACUUUCUCCUGACUCUAUUAUGCAGCUCGGCAUUCAAAUGGCAUUUUAUUCACUAUACGGCGAUUUCGUGCCAACUUAUGAGUCUUGCUCUACGGCAGCUUUCCUAAAGGGGAGGACAGAAUGCAUGCGCUCCGCAACUGCCGCGACAAGAGAAGCAACAUUAGCAUUGCUUUCAGGUAAGAGUGUGAAAGCGCCAGAAUUGUUGCUGCAGUGUUCGAAUACACACACUCAACUAGUAAAGGAAGCUUCCAUGGGGCAAGGAUUCGAUAGGCAUUUACUAGGUCUGAAGAUCACAGCGGAACGUCUUGGAAAGCCGAUGCCAGCUCUUUUUGAGGAUCCUGGUUUCAAUCGUAUGAGUCAUUUUGUGCUCUCUACAAGUACUCUUUCAACGAACACGAUCGUCUUUGGUGGUUUCGGCCCUGUUGUGGAGGACGGCCUCGGUAUCGGGUACAACGUGUCAUCGACCCAAGUAGGCGCUGUUAUCACGAGCCAUAAGAAAAAUCGCGAUGCAAAGGACUUCGCCAAGGCUCUAGAGAAAAGCUUGGAUACUUUGAAGAACAUUCGUUCUCUGCAUGAAUUUACUCCCUUGAACAUGGGAGAACAUGGUGACAAUCGUCCUGAUAUGGUAGAAGCCGCUAAGAAGUUCAUGCUAACCCCGAAAGUUCGCGACACUCCUUUUGAGGAACAGCGGCAGUUUCUCCUUGGCAAAGGAGUGACAGAAGCUGAAAUCGCUGAGGCGAGGGCGUCGAUACCUGCAAGAGAUUUAAACACUAGCAGUGCUGUUCAUUACGACGUAUAUCAACCUCCGCAACAGAGCAGAUUGGCUUCGUUUGCACAGUCAGUUGCUGUGAUUGGAUGUGUGUCUUAUGCUGGUUACCGUUUUCUCCGUUCUUUUGUUCUGCCGCGGUUCUUUGACAUUCCUGAUCCAGCAACUGAGGAAGUGCGCCAGCUUCAGGGGCAAGUUAAUGAACUACAAAACUCAAUCAAGUUCGUUCUGGACAGUGUUUCUCAAACCACGUCCAUGUUAGCGGCACAACAGCAAGAGAUCAGCAAAGCUCUGUUAUCUGUCAGUCAACGGGAUACAGACAUCAGUAAAGUGGAGACCGGUAUAUCUACGAUAAAGAGCUUGCUGCUGAGCCACAACAAUUUCGCACCUAUUCUUGCCCCGACAGCUACGUCCGCAAAGCUACCAAGCUGGCAACAAGCAGAGUCAUCAUUGUCGGCUCCUGCAACAACGUCGGGUUACACGACACCCCCCGCAAACUUCAGAGAGACUUUGGACGAACCUGAAAGCGAUGAAGUUCUCGAUCACGACCAAGUUUGAAUAUUCGACGUCUUCUGGAGGCUUCAUUGAAUUUUGCCUAUCACUUCUAUGAGUUUUCGACUGUGAUUUCUGUUCUUCACUUCAGAGUUCAUUGCUCAUUUGUUCACUUAUUUUCUGUUUUUCUUGCCCAUGGUUGUGCCUCAUUGCUCGCCUACGACAGAG